AUGUCUGGAGUUCAACCCGUUGCCCUGUAUUCACUGCAGGUGCCUCCUGGAGGCAUAAUGGUGCCUGCGCUGCCUGAAAACAUCGGUGCUAUGUUCCGUUUGAGCAUGGCUGCCAUUGAUCCCGAUGCCAGCCCCGAGUAUGAAGAUGAUGCCGAUUCCAGCAAGCCACCUCGUGCUACUCUCAAGAUCAUCCGUAUUCCCGACGGCAUGGAGGAAGACGAGGACUCUGACGAUGACGACUACGAAGAUGAGGAUGGCCUGGACAGUGAGGAGGAUUCCGAUGAUGAAGAGAUCAACGGCGGGCCUAGCGACAAGGAGAAGGCCAAGCAGCAGAAGGAGGCCGCUGCUAUCAAGGAUCUUGCCGACGCUAUGGCCGACGAUGAUACUGGAGACGAUAGCGAAGUUGAUAUUGCGUCCGUUAUCUCGAAGCUUCUCAAAGGAAAGGCCCCAGCUACCGGUGACGACGAUGAUGAUGAAGAUGAUGACGAGGAAGGUCUUGAAUUGGAAGAAGUGGUCGUCUGCACACUAGACACACAGAAGGCAAGUAACAUACCUCAAUAUCAACAACCGCUUGACAUCACCGUCUCCGAAAAUGAACGACUCUUUUUCAAGGUCACCGGAACGCAUACUGUGUACUUGACCGGUAACUAUGUGAUCCCUACCGACGAGGGUCGUCAGUUCUACGACGAUGAGGAUGAGGACGAUGAGUACGACCUUUCGCCCGACGAGGAUGAGGGUAUGGAAGACUUUGACAUCAACGCAUUGAUCGGCGACGAUGACAUGAGCGACGACCUUGAUGAUCUGCUGGAUCCUAGUGAGCCUCGCAUCACCGAGGCGGACUCCGAUGAGGAAGUCCCCAAAUUGGUCUCUACCAAGGGAAAGAACAAGCGUGCUGCAGAGGACGAGGCAUCUAAAGCCCUGCCUGCCACGAACGGUGACGCCGCCCUAAGCAAGAAGGAACAGAAAAAAUUGAAAAAGAAUAACGGCGAAGCCGCUGCCGUUGAUGCCAAGAAAGAUUCCAAGAAAGAAUCCAAGGAGACUGCUUCUGCAAAGACCGACAAGAAGGUCCAAUUCGCCAAGAACCUGGAGCAGGGCCCGACUGGCUCUACGCCUGCCGAGAAAACCACCGGUUCCUUGGGAGUGAAGGAGGUGCAGGGUGUUAAGAUCGAUGACAAGAAGCUUGGAAAGGGACCUGCUGCUAAGAGCGGGAACACAGUCGCCAUGCGUUACAUUGGAAAGUUUGAGGAUGGAAAGGUGUUUGAUUCCAACAAGAAGGGCAAGCCUUUCUCAUUCAAGCUCGGCAAAGGAGAAGUCAUCAAAGGCUGGGAUAUUGGUAUUGCUGGCAUGGCUGCUGGUGGUGAACGUCGUAUCACGAUCCCAUCCCAUCUGGCCUAUGGCAAGAAAGGAGUUCCCGGCAUUCCCGGAAACUCUAAGUUGACCUUCGAUGUCAAGCUCUUGGAAAUCAAGUAG